AUGUACGGCUCUGGCGCUGCUACCGGCGCGUCGACACCGAGAUCUCAAGCAGUGUCUCGUCCGCUUACACUAUCUCACGGCUCCCUCGAGUACACCUUCCUAAUACCCACGGCCCUCCACUUCAAUGCCACCCAACUGAAGGACACCUUCACCGCGACGCUCCCCGAACCGACCGACGAACUCGCACAAGACGAUGAGCCUUCUUCAGUCACCGAGCUCGUAGCUCGCUUCAUCGGCUACAUUGCAAAAGAGGUUGAGGAGAGUGAUGACAACGAAUACUUCGGCGAGGUCCUCAAGCUCUUACUCGUAGAGUUUGAGCGAGGCUUCCUCCGUGGCAAUGAGGUGCACGCUGUGGCUGCAGGUCUGCCAGGCAUUUCAGAGAAGAGAUUGAUCACUGUUCAAGCAUACUAUUCAGCACGUGCGGCAGUGAAGCGACCGAUCCGUUCACACGAGUCCGCACUUCUCCGCGAGGCAGCAGAUGAAAAUGCAUACAUCUAUGCGGUGUUCGGCGGGCAAGGAAACAUUGAGGAAUACUUUGACGAGCUCCGCGAGAUCUAUGUCACAUACCCAUCCCUAGUACGAGACUUCAUCCACGUUGCUGCACAACACUUGCAAUUUCUCGCGAGGGACGCACGAGCUUUCAAGAGCUACCCCAAAGGCCUGGACAUCAUGAGAUGGCUUGACAACAAAGACGCGCAACCUGACAUCGACUACCUCGUCUCUGCACCCGUCAGCUUCCCUCUCAUCGGACUCACUCAGCUCGCGCACUACGUCGUGACCUGCAGAGUCCUCGGAACGCACCCUGGACAUGUGCGAGACAGAAUCGCUGGAACUACUGGUCACUCACAAGGUGUUGUCACCGCGGCAGCCAUCUCUGCAUCUUCAAAUUGGGAGACCUUCGACAAGCAGGCUCGCAAUGCUCUUACAAUUCUCUUCUGGAUUGGUGCUCGCAGUCAGCAGGCCUACCCAAGGACAUCACUCGCACCCAAUGUCCUCCAAGACUCCAUGGAUGAGGGUGAGGGCCACCCGACUCCCAUGCUUACAGUCCGCGACCUACCACGCGAGACUGUGGAGAAGCUCAUCGAGACCACGAACCAGCACUUGCCCAAGGAUCGUCACAUUGGCAUCUCUUUGGUCAACAGCGCCCGAAACUUCGUCGUCACCGGGCCCCCAAUGUCUCUGUACGGACUGAACUUGCAACUGCGCAAGAUCAAGGCGCCGACCGGCCUUGACCAAACUCGCAUCCCUUUCACCGAGCGCAAGGUCCGCUUCACCAACCGCUUUCUUCCUAUCACCGCACCUUUCCACAGCCCAUACCUCGCGGAGGCCAGCAAGCACUUGGCGACAGACUUGGAGGACAUCAAGAUCUCAGCUUCAGAGCUCGGGAUCCCGGUGUACGACACCUUCACUGGAGAGGACCUUCGAGACAGAGGAAGCGAGAACAUCACACCAACGCUCAUCGAGAUGAUCUGCUCACACCAGGUCCUGUGGGAGAAAGCGACUGUUAUGCCAAAUGCGACACAUAUCCUUGACUUCGGCCCAGGUGGCAUCUCCGGCUUGGGAGUGCUCACGAACCGCAACAAGGACGGUACCGGCGUGCGUGUCAUUCUCGCUGGCACGAUGGAUGGCUCCAACACCGAAGUUGGAUACAAGCCAGAGAUCUUUGACCGCGACGCCGAGCAUGCUGUCAAGUACGCCGUGGACUGGGUGAAAGAGUAUGGACCAAAGCUUGUGAGAACAUCUGUCGGGCAGACAUUUGUGGAUACCAAGAUGAGCAGACUGCUCGGUCUGCCUCCAGUUAUGGUCGCAGGUAUGACGCCUUGCACGGUGCCAUGGAAGUUUGUCGCCGCCACUAUGAGCGCCGGGUACGAGAUCGAGCUAGCUGGUGGUGGAUACUACAACGACAAGAGCAUGACGGAAGCCAUCUCGAAUAUCGAGCAGGCAAUUCCGGCGGGUCGAGGAAUCACGGUCAACUUGAUCUACGUCGCGCCACGUGCCAUGGCAUGGCAAAUUCCUAUGAUCGCUCGCCUUCGCGCUGAGGGAGUCCCAAUCGAGGGUCUUACCAUUGGUGCAGGUGUGCCUUCCAUCGAGGUUGCAAACGAGUACAUCGAGACGCUUGGAAUCAAGCAUAUCAGCUUCAAGCCAGGCAGCAUGGAGGGCAUUCAGCAGUGCAUCAACAUUGCGAAGGCCAAUCCUGGCUUCCCCGUGAUGAUGCAGUGGACCGGAGGCCGUGGAGGAGGCCACCACUCUUUUGAAGAUUUCCAUCAGCCAAUUCUGUCCAUGUAUAGCAGAAUCAGACGAUGCGAGAACUUGGUUCUGAUCGCCGGUUCGGGAUUCGGUGGCGCGGAGGAUACCUACCCAUACCUGAACGGUCAAUGGGCGCGCAAGUUCGGCUACCCACCCAUGCCAUUCGACGGUGUCCUCUUCGGAAGUCGAGUCAUGGUAUCCAAGGAAUGCUACACCUCGCCUAUGGCCAAGAAAGCCAUCGUCGAUGCCGUCGGCCUCGAAGACCACGAGUGGGAGAAGACAUACCACGGCCCAGCUGGUGGUGUCAUCACUGUUCGUUCCGAGAUGGGCGAGCCAAUCCACAAGCUGGCAACGCGUGGUGUCAAAUUCUGGGCUGAGAUGGACCAGAAGAUCUUCAGCUUGGACAAGGCGAAGCGAAUUCCCGAGCUUAAGAAGAAUCGUGAGUACAUUAUUCAGAAACUCAACGACGACUUCCAGAAGCCUUGGUUCGGCCGCAACAAGGCCGGCGAGUCAGUCGAUCUCGAAGACAUGACCUACGGCGAGGUCGUUCGCCGCAUGGUGGAUCUUCUGUACGUCAAGCACCAGAAGAGGUGGAUUGACAAGUCGCUUGCUCGUCUGACAGGUGACUUCAUUCGCCGCAUUGAGGAACGCUUCACAACGGCCGAUACCACUGGCUCAAUCAUCCAGAAUUACAGCGAGCUGGACACACCGUUCGAGACCGUGAACAAGGUCUUGGAGACAUACCCGGAAGCCGAGAAUCAGCUCAUCAACGCUCAGGAUUGCCAGCAUUUCUUGCUUCUCUGCCAGCGCCGCGGUCAGAAGCCAGUCCCAUUCGUGCCAUGCCUCGACGACACAUUUGAGUUCUUCUUCAAGAAGGAUUCUUUGUGGCAGUCCGAGGAUCUCGACGCCGUUGUCGACCAGGAUGUCGGACGUGUUGCCAUUCUUCAGGGACCCAUGGCUGUGAAGUACUCCAAAAUUGUCGAUGAGCCAAUCAAGGACAUCCUCGAUGGCGUUCACCAGGGUCAUAUCAAGAGCUUGACGCAGGACCUCUAUGGAGGCGACGAGAGCAAGAUUCCCCAAAUCGAAUACUUCGGUGGCAAACUCAUUGAGGCCAGUGAUGAGAUCAAUCUCGAGGGCUUGACCAUCAACGAGACCGAGCAAAAGCUUCUGUAUCGACUGUCAGCUGUCGCUUCUUCCGCUCUUCCGCCAGUCGAGAACUGGAUGCAGCUCCUCGCCGGCCGCGCGCACACCUGGCGCCACGCCUUCUUCACUGCGGAUGUGUUUGUACAAGGUCAGAGAUACCAGACGAACCCGAUGACUCGCAUGUUCGCUCCGACACCCGGCAUGGUCGUGGAAAUCAACUACCCGAAUGAUCCCAAGCGCACUGUCAUCACCGUGAAGGAGCCUACUCACGGCAACCAGUACGUGCAGACUCUUGAAGUCGCUCCCAGCAACGGAGAGAUCGUGGUGAAUAUCAUUGAGGACCGCACUGCCACUGGCAAGCCAAUCGCUCUCCCACUGCGCUUCACGUACCACCCAGAGACUGGUUAUGCGCCAAUCCGUGAGGUCAUGGACGCUCGCAACGACCGCAUCAAGGAGUUCUACUACAAGAUCUGGUUCGGUGACGAGGAGUGCCCAUUCGACACUCCUGUCACAUCCCGUUUCGAAGGUGGCCGCACGACUGUGACUAGCGAGGCUAUCAACGACUUCGUUCACGCUGUUGGCAACACCGGCGAGGCUUUCGUCGACCGACCUGGCAAAGAGGUGUACGCGCCUAUGGACUUUGCAAUUGUUGUCGGCUGGAAAGCCAUCACCAAGCCAAUCUUCCCUCGCAAGAUUGAUGGUGAUCUUCUCAAGCUCGUGCAUCUCUCCAACGGCUUCCGCAUGAUUCCUGGCGCGUCCCCGCUCAAGAAGGGUGAUGUCCUCGACACCACCGCUGAGGUCAACGCUGUCAUUAAUCAGGACUCUGGCAAGAUGGUUGAGAUUUGCGGUACCAUCACCCGUGACGGCGAGCCGGUCAUGGAGGUAACCAGCCAGUUCCUUUACCGCGGCGCAUACACCGACUUUGAGAACACCUUCCAGCGCAAGGUCGAGACUCCGAUGCAAGUUCACCUCGCCACGUCGAAGGACGUUGCAGUCCUGCAGUCAAAAGAGUGGUUCCGUUUGGAGAACACCGACAUCGAUCUCCUCGGCCAGACCAUUACCUUCAAGCUUCAAAGCCUGGUGAGGUACAAGAACAAGACCGUCUUCUCCAACGUGCAAACUGUUGGUGACGUCGAAUUGGAGCUCCCCAGCAAGGAGAUUAUCAAGAUCGCCGCGGUGGAAUACGAAGCUGGCACCUCAUACGGCAACCCAGUCCUCGAUUACCUCACUCGCAACGGAUCCGCUCUCGACCAGCCGCUCCUGUUUGAGAACCCCAUCCCUCUCAGCGGAAAGGCUCCUCUUAUUCUCAAGGCACCAUCGUCCAACGAGACCUACGCUCGUGUCUCUGGCGAUUACAACCCCAUCCACGUCUCGCGUGUGUUCUCCCAAUACGCCGGUCUGCCUGGCACCAUCACUCACGGCAUGUACUCCAGCGCAGCCGUCCGCAGCUUGGUCGAGACUUGGGCCGCCGAGAACAACGUUGGCCGUGUCCGCAGCUUCCACGCUUCGCUUGUCGGCAUGGUGUUGCCUGACGAUGUCAUCGAGGUCAAGCUCCAGCACGUUGGUAUGGUCGCCGGUCGCAAGAUCAUCAAGAUUGAAGCCGAGAAGCCGGAGACUGAGGAGAAGGCUGCCGAGAAGGUUCUCCUUGCUGAGGCAGAGGUCGAGCAGCCUGUGACAUCGUACGUGUUUACUGGUCAAGGUUCGCAGGAACAGGGUAUGGGUAUGGAUCUGUAUGGCUCGAGUGAAGUCGCAAAGGAGGUUUGGGAUCGUGCUGAUAAGCACUUCUUGGACAACUAUGGCUUUGCAAUCACCAACAUUGUCAAGAACAACCCCAAGGAGCUGACUAUCCACUUCGGUGGCGCUCGCGGCAAGGCCAUUCGCAAGAACUACAUCGACAUGAACUUCGAGACUGUCGCCGCCGAUGGCAGCAUCAAGUCGGAGAAGAUCUUCAAGGAGGUCACCGAGGAGACCACGUCUUACACCUACCGCUCACCAACUGGUCUUCUUUCCGCCACACAGUUCACCCAGCCCGCCCUCACACUCAUGGAGAAGGCGUCCUUCGAGGACAUGCGCAGCAAGGGUCUUGUCCAACGUGACAGCUCUUUCGCCGGCCACUCCCUUGGAGAGUACUCCGCGCUCGCAGCCCUCGCCGAAGUCAUGCCCAUCGAAUCCCUCGUCUCGGUCGUGUUCUACCGUGGUCUCACUAUGCAGGUCGCCGUCGAGCGCGAUGCCGCCGGCCGCUCCAAUUACUCCAUGUGCGCGGUCAACCCCUCCCGCAUCAGCAAGACCUUCAACGAAUCCGCGUUGCAAUACGUCGUGGAGAACAUCGCCGAAGCAACUGGCUGGCUCUUGGAGAUUGUCAACCUCAAUGUCCAGAACAUGCAAUACGUCUGCGCCGGCGACCUGCGUGCGCUGGACACUCUGACUGGCGUGACAAACUACCUCAAAGCGCAGAAAGUCGACAUCCAGAACCUCAUGCAGACCAUGUCCCUCGAGGACGUCAAAGCCCACUUGACCGAGAUCAUCCACGAGUGCGCCAAGCAGACCGAGCAGAAACCCAAACCCCUCGACCUCCAGCGCGGCUUCGCCACCAUCCCGCUCAAGGGCAUCGACGUUCCCUUCCACAGCACUUUCCUCCGAUCAGGCGUCAAGCCCUUCCGCAGCUUCUUGCUCAAGAAGAUUCACAAGACUUCCAUCGAUCCCAGCAAGCUGAUUGGAAAGUACAUCCCCAACGUCACGGCCAAGCCGUUUGAGUUGACGAAGGAGUACUUUGAGGAUGUGUAUCGGUUGACGAAGAGCCCGAGGAUCGGGAAUAUUUUGGAGAAUUGGGAGAAGUAUGAGAGUGAUGAGCCGGGGUUGCAGAGGCCUAGGGCGGGGAGUAUGGCUGUUCCCUCAUCGUGA